AUGUACUCGAUUGUAGGGCUGCACCUUGUAGCAGACAAUGGCUGUGGAACCCGCGGCCGGCCUACCGUCACCGCCGCCGACGCUGCCGCUGCGCCAGCGGUGUCCACACAGCCGCCGGCGCCGGAUUCACCCCAGCAGCCCCAGCCGCCGCCGCCGCCGCAGCAGCAACAGCAACAGCAGCCCCCGGGCUUCAUUGCCCGCCGCCUGGCGGUAUUCAGCGGCCUGGUUCUGGGUUACGCGGCUUAUUAUCUCACCCGCAACUCCCUCACCUACACCGCCCCGGUCAUGGUGGCCGACCCAACCCUGGGCUUCACGCUGGCGGAAGUGGGCACCAUGACGUCAAUAUUCCCCAUCGCGUACGCGCUGGGGGCGGGUACCGGACUCGCCUGGUUCGCCGCCAUGUGGGCACUGAACGGCCUGAUGCAGGGGGUUGGCGCGCCCUCCUGCGCCCGCAUGCUGACGUCCUGGUUCCCCGCCCGGGAGCGGGGCACCUACUGGGGCUUAUGGAACGUGGCCCACAACACGGGGGGCUUUCUGUCGCCGCUGGUGGCCGCCACUGCGGCGCAUGCUGCGGGGUGGCGGUGGGGCAUGUGGGCGCCCGGACUGGCGGGGCUGGCGCUUGGUGUGUUUGUGUUGCUGGUGUGCAGGGAUACGCCACAGGACGCGGGUUUUAAUCCCGUGGAGGUUUCGGAGCACCAGAAACAGCAAGAGCAACAACAGCAGCAGAAGAAACACCAACAGUCAAGUGAGGCCAGCACAGGACAUGGCAGUAGCAGCAGUAGUCCUCGGAAUGGAAAUACGGCCACUACCAGCGGCAGUAGCAGCACCAGCACUAGCAUUACGAGCGGCAAGCAGCCACAGCAGCAGCAGCAGCAGCAAAAACCAGGCGUGUUGCGUACGGCAAUCGACAAUGUGUUGUCCAAUCCGUACAUCUGGGCGCUGGCACUGACGUACUUUUGCGUGUAUGUUGUGCGACAGGGCGUCACUUCCUGGACCGUGUUUUACCUCAUCAGUGAAAAAGGUGUCCCGGAUGCCGCUCAGGCAGCCAUGCGGGUUUCGGGGCUGGAGCUAGGCGGGCUGGUGGGUGGUCUAGCUGCUGGCCGCAUAUCCGACUUGCUUAUUCGCAAAGGUGCUGCUGCAGCCACCGCCGCUACAGCCGCCACGGCGGCAGCAGCAGCGGCCGACGGUGGCCAUGACGGCAGAAGCAAGCUCCAGGGCACCGGGAAGCAGACGACAGUUGCGGCAGCUCUUGGCAGUGGCAGCGUGGGACUGCGCGUGCAGGUGGUCAUGGCGUACACGGCAGCACUGGCCGCGGCGCUGGCGGCCUUCCAGUCCCUCCCCCCGGGGGUCCCACCCGCACUGCAGUGGCUGUCCAUGCUGAUUGGGCUGUGUGGCGCUGAGCUGGUUCACCCGGGCAGUGUGGGGGCCAGCCAGGGGGUGCUGGGCUGGGUGGCGUACCUGGGUGCCGCCAACGCCGGAGUUCCCCUGUCUUGGAUCAUCACCCGCUUUGGCUGGUCCGGCUACUUCACCGCCCUGACGGCCGCAUGCGGGGUGGCUCUGCUGCUGCUGUUGCCGCUCAUGCGGCUGCCCAGCUACACGCAACGACAGGCGCAGCAACAAGAGCAGGUUCAGCAGCAGAUGGCAGCGGCUGCAAGAGUAGCGGCGGGUGCGGAUACGGAUACGGGUAAGGGUGGAACGGGUGCGGGUGCGGGUGGGGCGGGACUGGAGCCGAAGCUGGCGUGA